ACAUGUGAAACUCGCUAAUAGAGACCACUAGGACUUGAGUCCUAAAAGGCAACGUAUCUUGAACAGUCGCUGUCACAUUUAGUGCGUCGUUUCGUGAUCCCUCCGCCUCCGGUGCAUCAAAUAAGGGUCCACUAACGCGUCGCGCAUGAUGAAGAAGAAGAAGUGCAAUGCCGUAGCCACAAAAUACUCGCGCGCUAACGCGCUGGUAGGCUCGGUACUCAACAAAUACCACAAUGGGUCGGAGCGUGCCGUGGACUCGUUCGUAAUCCGCACACUCAAGGAGGUCGAGCCGAGGCUGUUGGGAAUUCAGUGCUUCCUGGAGCAGGUAGUAAACUCCACUUAGUCGCGAGGGGGAGUUUGGGUUGAAAACUGAAGCUAGUAAUCACGCGUAGGGGCCGGCGGAGAAUAGUCGACGAAUCAAGGAUGAGUCCAAUGUGACACAGCACACACCGUGUGCUUCGAGCAUUUUUGGAAAGUUCACAGUCUGCGGAGGGUUUUUCGGGCCAGGCGCCGUCAUGCGACAAUGGGAUGCAUGCAGCGGAACGGAGGGAGAAUCGGAUGACAGAGAAUCGGCGAUGGUCGAGUAUGUGGCAGUGGUCGAUAAAAUUCUACCAGGUUGGGACGAAGCCAUUCCAGAUCAUCCAGUUGCGAGCACAGAUCGAUUCUGGGAGGACGACGCGGCGGCGAAACACUGUCCGCUGUGCUUUGUUGUCUUCUCCGUGCGUGAACGUCGUCAUCAUUGUCGCUUGUGCUUCUCGAUCUUUUGUGCUGGCUGCUGCAGUCACGUGUUGGACAUCGCACUGUGUCCUGGGGCGCCACUGCGUCCGCAAAGAGUAUGCACACCGUGCUACCAGGCGGAAUACCGAGCUCAACAGCUUCGUGAAGCGAGGAAAAUUAGUCGAGAGAAUCAGGAACUUGAGCGCAGAAUUCGUGCUGUGCUUGCUACAGCCACACAAACACUUGCAGCUAAGCAACAGGAGGCACAGAAGUUGCGUGCAUUAGCAAUUGACGCUGGCUGCGAUGUACAGGCUCUGGAUCAAGCUCUUCAGAAACAACACGGUGGGUCUCCAAUAGGCUCCACAUCAAUGGAGCUACCGAAUCCACCAGCCGCACACCGGUUUGCGCCCGCUGAAACCUCAGUAGAAGCUUCGAAUCAACUAAUAUUGGCACAUCGACAGCUAACCAUGAGCUUCAAGAUGGCCCAGUGUCGUGCACACAAAGUUCUUGACAAAAUGGACGCUACAAUCGCAGCGUUGCAAGGCGCUUUGAACGCUCGAAAAGCGUCUAGCGUUAGUUCUUCAUCGGAUCACUCCGAUGACAACGGAUGGAGAGUGAUGAUUCGACACACGGAUAGCUUCUUGACCCCAACUGAUCGAGAGGCACUUCAAAUUGUAUCCGAGGAGCUCUGCACCCAACUACGUUCUCGAAGUAGCAGUCCAGUUGAUAAUACUUCUUCACCGGAUCCCAAUAUCGCGAUGCUAUGGCUGGCUGAAUGUCUGAAGGAUAACCGGACUCGAGCUUUCGUUGCGGAUCUGGUUGAAGCCUUGCGAGCGCGACUCGAUGCAUCGUCGGGUUCGGAUACUGAAGACUCGGACGCGAAUGAAAUACCGGUGUCAACAUCGCGUCCGUCGUGGGACAAGCCUGUGCAAACCGAUGCUAACUCUAAUGUGUCAUCUGUACCAACGUCCAUGGAACUGGAGAAGGCGUACGAGCUAAUUCGCAGUCAGUGUGAAACAGGCCCAGCGUCGGAAUGGGAUGAGCAGAUCCGUCUCGACGUCACUCGAACUUUUGGAGUUUCAGCACGUCGGCAGCACCGCAAAAGUCUUCAUUCGACGUCACGUACUGUGUACAACUCGGAUGGGGUUGCUAUCCCAGUGGAGAAAAGGCGAGCUGCUCUGCAGAAUGUACUUCGUGCUUGCGCUAGUGUGGACACCGAAGUAGGGUACUGUCAGGGCAUGGACCACGUCGCAGCGCUAGUACUAGCUGUGAGUGACUGGAACGAGGCACGUGCAUUCUGGCUACUCGUCAGUAUACUCGCAUCACCUCGAUUCGAACUCGAGAGGCUCUAUGGACCGGGACUUCCACAUCUCAGUCUUCGCUGCUUUCAGCUGGAUCGUCUUCUACGAAUGUAUCUGCGUCCGAUAUCCGAUCAUUUCCACACCAUCGACUUUCCCAUCAGCAUCGUCGCGACGGGGUGGUUUAUGACGCUCUUUACGAACAUGGAGGCGCUUUCGUAUGACGUGGUGGUACGGGUCUUUGAGGGGUUUAUACUCAAAGGCUGGAAACAGCUCUUCCAAACAGCUCUCGUCAUUCUGGAAGAGCUCCAGAGACCAAUACUUGCUAGCAACUUUGACGAAAUUCCUCGACUCUUCUAUGAUAUUCAAGAGUAUGCGCCUCGCCUUAUGGACGCGGACUACGUUAUUACGCAAUCAGCAAAGUACGAGGUAUCUGAUCGCCUUCUAAAGCGGCUGGUAAAGGAGUUCGAGCAAACUACGGAAGUACCAACAACGAAAUCAUUAGCAGUUCGAAGAAACGAUAAAGAACUCGCAGACCCGGGCAACAGCACUCAUCCUCCUCAGAAAACGAGAGAAUCACCACAAUCAUCUUACCCGCGACCCGAAGCACAACAAGAUCAGCAGGUGAUGUCCCCACUCAAGCGACGUAACAGUUCCAAGGCCCCUUCUUCCACAAGACAAGCCUCUCCGUCGCAAGUAUAACCUACUGUUGCUCAAACUGAUCUACAUGCUUCAGUGUGUUAAGAAUGAAAAAAUGGUACACUGACAGUGUUAUCCAC